AUCUUCUCGUUGGAUUCUCUGGAACGCGCAUUUGCUUUGAUUUGGCCGCUUCUUCAUCGAACAACAAGCACGAAGACGUUCAUCUACGGUCUCGUCGCCGCUUGGCUAGCAGGUGUUUCUUUGGGUUCAUUAACCUGGCUGGUUAGCUACGGACUCCUCAAGAUUUCUCACUAUACCCUCACAUUUUCAAUCGUAAUCGUCUGAUCACUGGCAACGACGUGCACAUCAUACCUAGCAAUCCGAAAAAAACUUAAACGCAGUGACCCCACAAUCGGUACAACACAUCAGCGCAAAAUGGUUGAGCAAAACACAAGGAAACUUUCCAAAACUUUGUUCCUUAUGACAGGAGCAUCUGCUGCCUUCUGGGUUCCAAGCCUUGUUUUAUUUUCUUGUCUUAAUUUCGCUCCUGGAAUGUUUCCUAAAUUUGUGAAAUAUUUGUUAAUCAUGAUUCAUACGUGCAAUUCCGUCGUAAAUCCAGUGAUUUACAGUCUGAGAAUGCCAAUGUUCAGACAAAGUCUUAGACGAUUUAGACUUAUAAAAAGUCGAAUGCAGCGGAAAAAAUUCAUAGUUCAUUGAGGAUAUUUUUAUAGAGCAUAUGAUAAAAGAAAUAUACAGUGUAGUGACCAAGCUUUUUAAUUUGAGCUCGACUCUUGAAAAAUGAAAUCUGGGACCCGGGUUCAGGUCGAACUUUUCAUGAACCGAACCUAUCCUAUCCGAACCCAAUACAUUGAACUAAGUACAUGACAAGUUGGACGUCUGAAUAAUAAGAACACCUAUUUCAGCCGUUCCUUUCGCCUUGCCCGGCCAGGAAUUUCGCCUUUGGAGCGACUUUGGAGCGGCUUUCAUUCAGAAAGCAGAACUUUUCAUGUACCAAACCUGAUGCAUAAAUUAUUAAAUCGUGUUUUUAACACUGUAGUUUUGCCUUUUGCUGAACACCCUAGUUCAGCUGUAAUUAAGAUCGGCGUCUAAAUCAAUUCAGCUGAUCUAAAUAAUUUGGGUCGGCCUUAUUUCGAGUUAGCUUUGGCUCAUGAAAAGUUCGGCGUAAAAUGAUGGCGACAGGAUUUUCUUCAUUUCAUUUGUAAUAUAAAAGCAGGAGAUGAUGCUUAAAGCAUCUUUUAAGUUUUCUCGAACUUUUUAAGUUCCAUUGCUUUCUUUUCUCUUUAUGAACCGCUUGAGAUUUUUGUCUAAAAUUUGACUGUCAACAUUUUGAUCGGCAGUGUCUGCCGCCGCAGCAUUUAGACUUCACAAUAUUUUGAUAUUAUUUUGGGGGUGAUUCUUAGAUUAAAAUUUAUCAGACAUUGACUCAUACCUUUUUGAACAAUAAUAGCAGUAGGAUUCGAGCCGAAGUAAAAGGCUGACACUGUUGGAACGAAAUAAAAAGAGAAAUAUCUCCUUAUAUUAAUAACGUUUAACAAAAUAACCAAGAAUGAUGCGCAAUAAAACAAAAUCCUUUUUUAAUUUCUUGUCUCACCCUUACUCAUCUGUCCCCGAUCUUUUUACAAUGUAGUUUUAAAGUAAGCGUUUUAAUUCCCCUUUUCUAUUAAAAAUUAAGGAAAUAUUAUGUGAACAAACCAUGGUUAAAACCUAAAAUAAUAAAAGUUGCGGAUAUGUCAUGGUAAAAUACUUUUAUUAACACGGGUUCAAAAAUACAGAGAAGAUAUUAAGAAGAAAUCCAUUAGGAAAUUGAAUUAUAGUAAUUUUCAGUGGACGAAAGCCUUGCACCAGAAAAAAGAAAAAUAAGCCACAUCACAUUCUUUUUUACACUUGUCAAGGGCUAUAGAUGUAAUUAGUUAUCUGUAAAAGCGCCAAAGACAAUUUCUAAUUUCAAAUUUCAUACCAAUUGAGAAAACACAGUACAGGUAAAUUCGUCAUUGCUAACACUCCACUUUGAGAAAUGUGAGGCUUUUGUAGUUUGUUUUACGUUUUCUUGGGCUCCAAUAUAAAGAAUCUUUUCUUCGAAGUUUUAUUAUACAACUUACAAUUACAUUAAUAGCCCUUGAAAAGUGUGAAAAAGAAAGCAAUAUGCUUGAGAUUAUUCUGGUACAAGGUUUUUGUCCACUGAAAAUUAAAACUACUCAAUUUCCUGAUGAAUUUCAUUUUAAAUACAAUGAAGUUCAAUCAUCCCCUAGCAGCAUGCUGAUUUCAAAUCAGUCAUUUUUAGGAAAAUAAGCGUUCACUCUUUUCCUGAUCAUUUUAACAUGAUUUAUCAUUCUAUGGGCAGAUUUUUUCUUUUGUAUUCAAAGGUGGAUUUCUCUUGGAAACUAUAGGUACUUUGGUUAAAAAAAGAAAAAAAAAUAAGGGUGGUGUAGUAACACAAUCAAUGUCAACACACAUUUAAUUUAAAAAAAAUUAUGUUCAAAUUACAUUUCAAAAUUUUGCUUGGGUAGUGUAGGAGCUGCUUGGAAGGUCUCUCCUAAUUGCUUGCAGGAAAAAUGACAUUCUUUCAAUUGCUUUAGUAUUGUUUGGGGCCGAGGAUAGGCACCAUUGGUGGCUUCUCUUCAGAGCAGCUGCUACAUGACCCUUUGGAUUCGCCGUUUAAAUUUUUAGUAGUCUCUGCUGUUUAAUUUAAUAUUUAUAAUUACACAGUUUCACAAAUUUUAGUUUCAUUAGAAAUUAUAUUACUUAGCAUAUUGAUUGUAAACCUUAAAAGCCAUGCUAGAUUUUUCAAACAUUGUAAACGCAUUCAGGCAAAGCAAAAUGCGUUCAAAUCAUCCCUUGGGCUUUUGUCUUUCUUUGAGAUAUGUCAUUCAGUCUUUCAUAUACAACUGAGUGGUUGUUAAAUAAUACAUUUCCUGUGCUUAAUGAAACUCUUUUUGGGUGAAGGUGUGCUUAUAUAAGCAACUAUUUUACCCCAGGUAGCAGGGCACCGCAAAGAAAGCGAUCACCAAAAACUAUAAAAUCAGCCAACACUACUGGGCUAUAUACAGAAUAUUCUCCAGAAGGUCUGGAAGUUUGUAUGUCGAAAUGUCUGGUGAUACUGCUUCCAUUGCAGUCUUAAUCCUUCUCGCUUUUCUGUCUAUCAUCGUUUGUAUUUCUAACGCCUUCACCGUGUUUGUUUUCUGGGUCCAUCACAGUAAAUUGAAACGAACAAGCUUUCUUGUUAUUAACUUGGCUGUGGCGGAUUUCCUUAUUGGACUCACAGAUACUGUAGAGGUCGGAGCAUUUGCUCUUCCAAGACAUAUCGGCUCAAACGAAACUAUUACCGAGAUGAAAGGUAGCAUUGUAGCCCCUUUUGUAGCCUCUUUCUCGUGUGCAUCUGUGUUUUUUCUCGUGCUGAUUUCCCUGGAACGAGCCUUUGCUUUGAUUUGGCCGCUUCGACAUCGUGUAACAAGCAGAAAGGUCUACACCUAUAGCGUUGUUAUAGCGUGGCUAGCUGGGAUAACUAUAGGUGUAUUCAGUUUCCUUGCUGUAGUUAAAAAAUACCAAGUGAAGUAUUUUGCAGUUGCUGCUACAAUCAUUAUUGGUUUCUCCUUGAUUACGAUUUGUGUGUCUUACCUGUCCAUCAGGAAAAAAAUGAACAACAGAACUCCUGCUAUCGACGCACAGCAUAGCAGAAUAAACAUCGAACAAAAUACAAAACUCUCCAAGACUCUUUUUAUCAUGAUCGGUGCAUCUGCUGCUUUGUGGGUUCCUAGCGUUACAUGGUACAAUAUCAGUCUAUGGUUUCCAAGCCUGUUUCCUCAUUUUGUUGCUCACCUUUCCACAAUGGUACAUUUGACUAAUUCUCUUGUUAAUCCAGUCAUUUAUAGUUUAAAAAUGCCAAUAUUCAGAAGAAGCUAUGAACAAUUGAGAGACAAGAUAAAACUUGUCACGCGAGCGAAAAGGUACACAGUAAAUUAAUUAGUAAGAGCCAGAGGAUUAGAUUUAAAAAAAAAUUAAAGGUUUGUUUAUAGUGGAAAGUACACUUAGCUUAUCCAGCUAGUUUACAGGCACUCCACUCAAAUAAUUCUGAAACAAAUGAUGCAAGUAGAACAUAACAGGAAGAGAGACCUUUACAUUUGAGGACGAGGACGACUACGAGUACGAGAUUUGACUUGAAGUUUUUUCGCGUCUUCUUAAAAUGUAGACUUCCCGCAAAACUUCAUUUUACCAUUUUUUACUAGGAAGUUAGCAUUGUUAUCUUUAGUGAAGGAGGUUACGCGCUCACCCGAUCGCAAAAUGAUAAAACUUUUAAAAUUUGAUAUCUCGUUUCGCCACCACGACAUUCACGCGAAAACUCGUAGUAGAAUGACGAAGGCUACCACACGUUUUCCCGCCAAAGUGACGCUGGCUCACGUGCGUACACUACUUAGUAUUGAGAAAAUCUCGUACUCGUAGUCGUACUCGUCUUAGAAUGUAAAGCUCUGUAUUAAAAACCCCAACUGGCGGGAGGCUGCACCAAUUGGCUAUUUACAAGCGUGACCGAGGAUUUGAACUCGGGACGACUGAGAUAUCUUUGUUAGUUACGACUCAAACUUGGGAGCCAUGAAAAGUCCAAUCGCCUAACACUAAGCCAGUCAGAAUUGAUAAGCAUAGAUUAUUCAAAGAAAAAACCAGACCGGGGCGUUUAUAAUAAUUCUCUGUAUUUCAUUUUUUUUUUACCAUUAUCUUAGGCCAGGUUAAGCAAAAGAGAAAAUUAUUUUACUCUUCUUAUAAAUGACUGAAGAAAUAUUUUAUGUAAAUCGUCCAUUGAUAAAACCUGGGAUUUGUCGAUGUAGGAUGGUAGAAUGUUAGCCCAUAUUUAUAAAAACAGAAAAGAAAAACAGUUCAAAUUUUCCCUAAUUAUUAUUUUGUGUUUUAUUAUGAUUAGUCAGUAACUUAUUGUUCUUGUUCUUCGUACUGCUUUUUUUUUCCCUCUUCUACCUUUUUUUUUCGUGUUAAAUAGUACAUCUCUUCUUUGACUUCUUUUAAAGACAACAAUUUGGCGGUGGUCCAGGCACAUUUAAAACUGGAUUCACAUGUUAAGACGGAAUCAACAGGAAAUUAAGUAAUUUCAACUUUGAGUGGACAAAAACCUAGUACCAGAAUAAUUUAAACAAUAUCGCAUUCUUUUUUACUUCUUUCAAGGGAUAUAGAUAUAAUUCUUAUCUAUAAUGACACCGACUAUUUCUAUAAUGGGAGCCCGAGAAAAUAAAUGUCAAAUUUCACAAGAAUUGUAAAAAAGAAAGGCAAAAUUCUGAAAAUUUCAUGUAAGAUGUCAUUUUGGGAAAUCUGACAUUCGUUAAAUUUUCUCGGGCCCCCAUAGGAAAUUUUCUUUGGUGUUAUUACAGUUACCUAAUUACAUUCUGUAGCCCUUGAAAAAGUGUAAACAAUAAUGCGAUAUCGUUUUAAUUAUUCUGGUACAAGGUUUUUGUCCACUGAAAAUUAAAAUUACUCAAUUUUCUGAUGUAUUCCUUCUUAAUAAUUUAUUAUUUCAACCUUAUUUUAGCUUCACCUGUCCAGUAUUGAAAUAAUGAUUUACUUACAUUUGAUCUUUUCGUACUGUAAAAAUUGUACAUAUCUGAUGUUAAUUAGUUGUUCUAUUUUUUGUUUAUUUUCUUCUAUAGAUAAUAGAUUACCUUAAUUUAAACUCAACCCCAAAGGCUUGUUAGCUUUUAUCAUUCGUGUCAAAAUAAAAACCUUCAGUUCUUCAUCAUCAUCUUCUUCUUCUACCUUUUGUCUUCAAGUGAGAUGUGUGAAUCAGUCUCUCAAAUUAAAUUGACUUGGUGUUCAAUAAUUCAUUAUCAUUCUUGAAGCUCUUUUGGUACAACUGUGUUGAUAUGACUAAGAACCUUUUCACGCCAAGGUAGUUCAGGUAACGUUAUCGGUAGGCUCUCGUACGGAUUAUUCUUCUCCGAAAAAAAAAACCGUUUCACUUUAUCUCGGUCGUUAUGACAAACGAUACGGCAGCCAUUGCAGUUUUGUGCCUUCUUGUUCUUCUGUCCGUCGUUGUUUUCAUUUCUAACACUUUCACUGUGCUUGUUUUCUGGAUUCAUCGAAAGAAACUAUCGCGAACAAGCUUUCUCGUUAUCAACCUGGCUGUGGCGGACCUCUUUGCUGGACUCACCGAAAUAAUAGAGGUCGCUGGUGGAUGGACUUUAGCAGGACACAUCGACUCAAACAAAACAAUCCAAGAAGUCAAUGAAAGCGUUCCACCUUCUUUUCAAAUCUUAUCCUCGUCCGCAUCUGUAUUUUUUCUCGUUCUGAUUUCUCUGGAACGAGCCUUUGCCUUGAUCUGGCCGCUUCGUCAUCGUGUAACAAGCACCAAGGUUUACAUUUACAGUGUGGUUAUCGCAUGGUUAGCUGGGAUAGCUAUGGGUGUAAGCAGUUUUAUUUCUUUCCUUGGAAUCUAUAAUUUAACGUAUUUUGCGGUUGGUGCGGCGGUCAUCAUCGGUUUCUCCUUGAUUACGAUUUGUGUGUCUUACCUGUCCAUCAGGAAACGGAUUAACAGCAGAACUCCUGCUAUCGACACAGAGCAUAACAGAAUAAGUGUUGAACAAAAUACAAAACUCUCUAAGACUCUUUUCAUCGUGAUAGGAGCAUCUGUUGCUUUAUGGGUUCCUAGCCUGACAUGGUACAAUAUCAGUGUUUGGUAUCCACGUCUGUUUCCUCAUUUUGUGAUUCACAUUUUUGCAAUGCCACAUAUCACCAAUUCCCUUGUCAAUCCAAUAAUUUAUAGCUUAAGAAUACCAGUAUUCAAAAAAACCAUACAACAA